AGGAUGGGUUUAUAAAAUACGAGAAUAUAAAAAAAAAAAACAUUACUACUACUACUAGUAGUAGUACUACAAUAAAUGGUUUGAAUAAUGGUAUGGGAAAAUAUAAUACGAUUUCAAACGUUAAUAGUAUGAUUUAUGCAGAUGGAUCCGAUGGUGCAUGUGUGUCGGGAAAUGUGAGUAGUUUGAGUAAUGUUAGUAGUUUGAGUAGUGUUAGUAGUUUGAGUAGUGUUAGUAGUUUGAGUAAUGUAAAUAAUGUAAGUAAUGUAAAUAAUGUAAGUAACAUUAGUAGUGUGAAUAAUGUUAGUAGUAUGAACGAUGCAGGCCAUAAAGUGAAAAUGUUAGCAAUAGAUUGUGAUGAUGGUACUACUAGUAAUACUGAAAGUAUAUGUACCCUAAAUUUAAGUGAAAUAAAAGAAUCUUGUAAAAAUCACAUUCCUCGUAUUAUAAGAUCAACUACUGACACAUUUUUACCAAACGGUUUUUUAAAUGAACAAUCUCAAAUUACGUUUGAAAAUAAUAUAACGAAUAGUGUUGUAGAUAUGUUUACUUCUUUUAUGAAAAUAAAUAUAGCAGCAUUAAAUAAAAACAUAAUUUUUGAUAAAAUAAAUGAUUCAGUAACCAGUGAAGUAAACAAAUCUGUUGAUAAUAUGCGUAAGACUUUUAAAAAUCAUAUGCGUGGAGAGUUAAAUGAUGAAAUUGACAAAAAUAUUAUCCUUUUAAAUACUAAAAUGAAUAAAAAUAUAAACAAAGAAGUUAAAGAUUGUAUGGAAAAUAUACAUACAAAAGUAAAUGAACAAGUAGAAAAAAAAAUAAAUAAAGAAUUUUUUAAAGAGAUGAGUAAUAAUUUAGAAGAUCUUUUAAUAAAAUAUAUGAAUAAAGAGUUAAAAAGAAAAAUGGAUAUAGUAAAGAGACAAUUGUGUGAUAAAUCUAAUGAAAAUAUUAACAAAGAAGUAUUAAAAAGUAUGGAUACAUUAAAUGAAAAUAUAAAUAAAAAUGUAAAUAGAGAAAUAAAAGAAAAUAUAAAAAUAAUAAAUCGUAAUAUAGAGGAAUAUUUAGAAGAUUCAUUGGAUAAAAAUACAAAUAUGUUAGUUAAAAAUAUUAGUGAAAAUUUAUAUGAAGAAGUAAAAUUUAGUUUAAGUUUGAUAGAAAAAAGUAUAGGGGUUCAUUUUAAUGAUUAUUUUAUGCAAUGUAAUUUUAAAAAUGUAGUACAAGAUGCAAGUUUUAAUUUAGCAGAACAAAUCACAGAACUUAUAAAAGUUUCACAACGAUCAAUACAAGGUGAUAUUAAAAACUCGUUUAAUAAUGAGGUGAUAAAAAAAAUAGCAACCGAAUUAAAAAGUUGUAUUACAAAUACUUUAGCUAAUGACAUAACAAAGGAAAUAAAAACUGGUAUUACUAAUGAAUUAGCACAUGUGACAAAUACAAUGAAAGAUGAUAUCCUUAAAGAAAUAAAAACAGAAUUUACUGUUUUGAAUGAACAUAAUUCGAAUUCUGAAAAGGAAAGAACAAAUGAUCUUUUACAACAAAUAAGUGAUUAUCAAACAAAGUUAUACACUUACCAGAAUCUGAAUAUAGAUGAUAAAAUAGAUAAAAAUUUUUUAAAGAUGCAAGAAAAUAUUAAAGAAAUGAUGAGUGAUUGUAUUAGUACUAUUACUGUUGAUAAUGAAAAUAAAAGAAAUAAUAAAAAUUGUGAUAUAAUGAUUAAAAAAAUAGAUGACCAUUUUGAAAAUUUAUCAAAAAAAAUGUUAUCUAAUAUGACUAAAAAUGAAACAAAAAUAACAAAUAAAAGUAAAAAUAAUAAUGAUUAUAAAAUAUGUAUAAAAAGUUUAAAAGAACAGUUAAAUUUAUUUGAAAGAAGAAUUAAUAAAGCUCUUGAAAAUAAUACUAAUUCGUUGAUAAAUAUAUGUGAAAAUGUUGUAACGGAACUAAAAAAUAAUAAUGACAAUAGUGAUGGUAAUAGUAAUGGCAAUAAUAAUGAAAAUAAUAAUGGCAAUAAUAAUGAAAAUAAUAAGGACGAUGAAAUAAUAGAAUUAAUAAAUGAAGUAACUGAAAAAUGUGAAAAAAGGAUAACUGAGCAAAUUCAAAAAGUUGAAAAAACACAAAAAAAAAUUGAUACAAAUAUUAAUAAUGUUCAUGAAAAACAUACCAAAAUGGUUAUAAAAGAAUUAAAAGAUACUAUAAAUAAAACAACAAAAAUUUUAUUUGAAAAUAAAACAAAUGAUAAAAACAGUCGUAUGCUUAUUGACGAAGUUAUUGAAACUAUAAACGAGAAAGUUAGCAACCAUGUAAAUCCAACGCUUAAAUUGGUUAAUCAAAUGAAUGAUAAGUUGAUUGGUAGCAGCAGUAACAACAACGACAGUGGUAGUGGCAGUAACAACAACGACAGUGGUAGUGGCAAUAACAACAACGACAGUGGUAGUGGCAGUAACAACAACGACAUUGGUAGUGGCAGUAACAACAACGACAGUGGUAGUGGCAAUGGUAACGAAGAACCACUUAUAAAUAUGCACAAGCCUGUAAUAAAAUAUAAAAACACACUAAAUAGUUUACAACAAUCAUUAAAAAACAAUAAUGCUAAAUUAAAAGAAUUAAAACGUGAAUAUAGUGAUAUAUCCAAUGAAAUUCAAUGUAAUAAAAAAACAACUGUUUAUACAGAACUUUUCAAUCAGAAUGAAAACAAUCAAUGUACUUAUAAUGAAGAUAUUAGUCAUGAUAGUAAUACUAGGAGACAAAUAAUAGUGGCCAAUCAUACGAAACAAAACAAAAGAGGUGUCGUAUCUGAUUUGGUUAGUAAAUCUCCGAUAAAAAAAAACGACCUAUAUAUAAUUAAAUAUGUGAAGAAUAAACAAAAUGAACUUAUCGAAGUUGCAACAUGGGGUAAUUACAAAAAAUGUAGAAAGGUUAUAAUUUAA